AUGGAGGAACGGGAACUAUUAAUGUUGGAAGAAGACUAUGAUGUAGUGGGGAUAAGUGAGACAUGGUUGAAUGUGAGCUGUGACUGGGCGGCUAAUAUAAAGGAUUACAGUCUGAUCAGAACGGAUCGUACAAAUAGGAAACAGCAGCUUAACCUUGGGAAGAACUACUCAAGACACUUACUUGAAGCCAACCAGUGUGAACAUUGUUCUUCAGGGAAGAAAGAGAGAACAAAGGGAUCAGCAAUAGACUCCAAGACAACGGUUAACCCGUCAACUGCCUUCACUGCUUGUUAUGUAUCCCAAUUUAACAUGCAGAAUGCCCUGUGGAACCUGAAGGCAAUAGCGUCCCGUCCCUCAGUGACUGCUCUGGCUCUUCUGGAUAAAGUGCAUUAUUCCUAUGCCAAAAUAAUUCUUACAAAGAAGAAGGGAAGAAUAGCAGAAUUCUUCAAUCCCAUAGAGGGGAUCAGCGUUGACCCCUUUAUUUUAGAGAGGGUAGAAGAUGAGAACGAGACCCUGACUUACAGAAAAGUUGAUAAGGAAGCUCCUGGGUUGUUUACAUUUCUUUUAGAUCAUCCUGCUGUGUUAAUCGUCAACCGUGAAUCAAAUGAGAAUGUUCAAACGUCCGCCCUAUACGUAGAAGCAGCUUCAAAUCCAAAUACACAGCUGGAAAAAUUUAAGGAAUGGACCAAAUGUAAGGGAUUGACAAUUUUCAAGGAGUUUAACAACACUGUGGACUAUGCAAAGACAUGUCAUGGACUUCUUGACGUAAAGACGCCUCUGAAUCUGGAGAAAAAUGAGGAUACAUUUACUUCUUGGCAUCUUGUGGCAAAGUCAACCGCUUCUAUGGACCAACAUUAUAAUGUGAGAUCCCUCUAUACCGCCCGGCUGGAGAUCUGUGGGAAAGAACAAACUUUAAAAGAGAUCAUCUCAGCGCCAAUUGAUAACGUCAUCUUAGAGCUGAAAUUUGAAAAGCCAAGUGAAGAUGGCAAUGCAGCUUUGCUCUUCAAGACUGAGGACGGUUUUCUGCUGUUGGGGGUACAAACAAAAACAAGAAGAACCUUAUAUCUUGCAUCCAAAACACCAACCAUAAAACAAUCCAUCAUCGACAAAUUCCAGGCCCAGGCUAUGUGCUUUGAGACCGAGUAUAAUUACAUUAUACCAGGGAGCAUCAAGGAAAAUGAUGGAGAAGAAGUUUGUGCUCGUCAUCUGAAGGACAGGGUGCCCACUACUUUACCAGAAUCUUUAGAUAAAUGGAUCCUGAUGGCCUCAGCCUUUAAAAACUUGGGAACGUUUCUUAUUGAACAACCAUUAUAUAAGGAAACAGAAUAUACUCUUGUAAAUGGCACAGUGCACCAGGCCAUCACUUUAAAAAUUGAGACUGACCCUGAUGAAUCACAACCAGAUUUGGAUAGGGGAUAUACUGAGAGGAUGCAGGGAAUUGAUAUAGAAGUACAUGAGACUUCUGACGUUAUUAAAUAUUCAGAUUCACGACCGAGUGAAACAUCCAUUCACAGAGUGGGCCCCAGCUGCAACAUUUUCUCAUCUCAAGAAAAAUGUCUUCUUACUUGUCGCAAAAACCAUGUUCCUCCUGUCAGUGAUAUUAUUCAGUUUGUAAAGUACGUGACUUGCCAAAACUUGAACAAGAUUUUGAUCCACCAGCCUUUAUCAUCGUCGUGCUCAGAGGUGCCCACUGAGGUUCCUACCCUAGAUGUGGAGAAGAUUGCCGGUAGAUGGAAGCUCGCUGCUGUUUCCUCCAAUCUUAAAGACGGUGAUGUGAAGUUUCCAAGUGUAUUCAAUUUUAUUGUGAAGGAUGGGGAGGUGACAAUCACAGAUGGUACCUGGACGGGUGCAGCCAAGAGGAUAGGAAAAAAUCGCCUUCAAUAUGACGCAGAUGAUGGUCAUGUAAUGGAGAUGAGAUUUUACGAACCUCUGGAAGACCACCUGCUGAUCUGGUUUGCAAACGAAGAAAAUAAAUUCUUGGUCCUCUUCUCUAAUGCCGGCCAUGCCAGACCAGUAGAGAUCAUAAGGUUUAAACACUUUGCAGCCUGUUUGUCAACCCAUGUGGUAUUUCUGAGGGAUUAGAGGGGCUUUCUGAAGACAAGAUCAACCAAAAUACAACUAUUAACUACCCGAGACCACCGAAGAUUCUGAAAUAACUGUGAGAAAAGAUUUACUUGUGCCUUCUUGCUUUUUGGUUUUAGAUAAAACAUCUUCAAGCUGGAAGAGGUUUUCUGGCUUCCGGCAUUGAUUCCAAGGAUCUUAGUGAUUAUAGUAAAAUAAAGACAAUUUCUGUGCAUCCACACUAGACUACCUAUGUAGCGGAGCAUGAACAAAUUAAUAAAAAUAAUUCCAUACAUUAGAGAACAUAAAGCUAUUACUAUAUAUCAUCCACAGUAUGUAUAAAAGUACUAAUUUUACCUACAACAAAUGAAUACAAUAGCUUUUUCUGUAAUGAUAUAUGUUACAUUGCCCCCUGCUGUUUCUUGUUCUGCUGACUUCUGUGUCCACCAACUGUAGCUUCCAGUUGUGUACACACAAGUUCCAUUGCUGGCUUUCCCACAGCGCAUUGAAACUUGUGUAGUAAUUUGUACAUUAUAUAUCUCCUUAAUUAAUUUCCAUAAAUCUGUUUACAUGUAUUGGCUUAUAGAAGAGCAUAUAGGAGCGUAUAUGAAAUACAAAUAAUAAAUAAAA